AUACUUAUCCUAACACCCACACACACCCACGCACACACGCACACACACACACACACACACACACACACACACACACACACACACACACACACACACACACACACACACACACACACACACACACACACACACACACACACACUUUAUCAGAACAGCUCAGCUAGUCUAUAUUUUAUCUCAAAUGUAUUCAAACUUUGUCACAUUAGCUAUUCGUAAAAUGUAUUUGUUUCCCACCAUUUCUUCAUUUUUUUAAAUGGUGUGCAUGUUUACAUUGUUUACUCCAUUUAGAGGGAAAAAUCCCAAAUCCCUUCACUUGAUUCAAGCCAUUUAAUACUGAAACAAUAACAACAGUAUGUCUAAUAAUUCAACCAAUGACAUUUAUUAUUGUGUUUUAUGUUUAAACAAACACAAUAAAGAAAUGUGCUUGGACACAUAUAGAGUCUGAUAUAUUUAAUUUGUUUUCUGACUCCUAAUGAACCUCCAUCAACACAAACCUCAACAAGGUGACAUCAUUGCAUGAAUUUCAGGACAGAAAAUGAUGACCUCAAGUGAAAAGCCGAAGGUCAUUUCUGACGAUGAGGUUAUUAAACAAUUGUGUAGGGCAAAUGGCUUUUCCUUUGAGAAGAUGUCAGACGAUCUCAGCGCGGUUGCUUCACUGGAAGUGUUCUUCUCGGGUUAUCCCCGCAUGGUCGGCCUCUCGCUCUUCCCAAAGCUUUUACAACUCACAAUAGUGAGCCAGAGCAUUAGCCACCUCCAGGGCCUGGAGGGUUGCCCGCUGCUCCAGGAGCUCUGGGUGGCUGAAUGCCAGCUGACGAAGAUCGAUGGACUGCAGAGCUGCUUUCAGCUGGAGAAGCUCUACCUAUACGACAAUCAAAUCAGUAAAAUAGAGAAUUUGGAGUUGCAGGUUAAUCUGCAAGUGCUAUGGCUGAACAACAAUGAUAUCAGUUGCAUUGAGGGUUUGAAUACUCUGCAAAAACUCAGAGAACUAAAUCUAGCUGACAACAAAAUUGAAAAAAUAGGGCACAGCCUUGAUCCCAAUAUCAACGUUGAAGAUCUGAAUCUAUCUGGGAACAAGAUUGCCUCAUUUAAGGAGCUAACCUUCCUGGCCCACCUGCCCGCUCUGAAAGCCCUGGGACUGCAGGACUCCCAGUCAGUGGCCAACCCGGUGUGUCUGCUCUGCAACUACUCCACCCAUGUCCUGUACCACAUGCCCGGCCUCCAGCGGCUGGACUCCUACAACGUAUCCAGUAGACAUAUGAAGGAGGCUGCUGAGACGACGGUGAUGAAGAAGAUGAUGUACUACAACAUGCGUGUGCACACGGCCCAGAAGAACCUCAGGGAGACGGGGCACCGGCUGACGGAGCAGAAGGAGGCCCUCUGGAAGCCCCCCGUGGAGCAGAUCAGAGCGUGCGGCCGCGCCAUCAAAGAUCUGGAGAGGUCUCUGUCUGAGGUCCAGGAACACGGAGCGAGGCCGCCCCUCCCCUGGGCGGUCCGAGCACCGUCGCCCCCCGCCGGGACCCAGGACCCAGGGAAGGAGGAGGACUCAGGGGAGGAGGCGGGGUCUUCUACGGACUCCAGCAGGGACUCCCCGGUGGAGCACCAGAUACAGAGCAAGAUGGGGGCGCUGGGCCAACGCGUGGAGCAGUGUGAACGGAGGCUGGAAGAAAUCGAAGCCUGGUACAAGCAGGAGUUAUCCGAGGCCACGCACAGGAAGGAAUGCACGGUCCACUUCCUGUUGAUGGAGCUCCAGACUGUGGGGAACAUUCGCUUUGAGGACGGCUGCCCCAGAGAUCCCUGGUUUGCGUCCUGCCAGGGCCUUAUCCAGUCCAGGUUCUCCGUGGGGGACCUCAAGGCCCACGGCGUCACCGGCCUCCGGAUCACCAGCAUGACCCGCGUGCACAACCGCGCUCUGAGGCUGCGCUUUGAGGAGAAACUCAGCUUGCGGUUGGCUGACGAGUCCCCGUUCUGCUCACCGGAGAACUACAAGCGCUGGCUGGAGUACCUGUUCUAUGUUCCUGACCCGGAGAGACCCAGCGAGGAGAAUGAAAUGCUGCAAAUCCUGGAGGAAGGUUUCCUAAGCGCAGAGGCGCUGGGGAGAGAGUGUGCCGUGCCUCUGUCCAACAGCCUGAACGUGGCAGACGCACCCAGGCUGGAGCACGCCUUACGUCAGGACCCCCGUAGCUUCCCUCUGCCCUUCACUCAGGGUCACGUGAUCGUCUCCAAAGUGUUUCUUGGCCGCAGCGUCCACCUCCGAGAGGGCGUGCCCGUGGACCCCAAAGCCGACUCGGUGUACCGCAACAUGGGCACAGAGCUCGGGGUCAGGUCCCACCGAGACGGACCCAGCCAGUGGUUUGUGUUCGACCAUGAGCUGGUCUUGCCAGAGUACAUUGUUUACUUUGAAUACGUCACGGAGCAGGGGGCUCUCCCGGCCCUCUCUCCUUUGGUAGACCACCCCCCUCUUCUGGAGCUCCUCAGCAUGGAGCCAUUCCUGAAGCCACGCCCCCGGAUGACCGGUCUGGACGAGGGCACCCUGCUGCAGUCGGCCAGGGUCAACACCCUCAGUCAGAUCACCGUGCUGAACCUGCACGGCAGCGGUCUGUCCAAGCUGAAGGAGCUCUCCGGCCUCCGCGCCCUGCGUCACCUGACCAUCAGCUUCAACGAGAUCACACGGCUGGACGACAUCUCCCACAUGCCCAACCUGGAGUUCCUGGACGCCAGCUACAACCACAUCGCCUCCCUGGAGGGCUGGAGGGGUCUGGGCGGGCUGAGGACGCUGGACGUGCGCUGGAACCGGCUGAGCAGGGCGAGGGACGAGGCCGCCGUGCUGAGGAAGCACGCCGCGGCUCUGCUGAGGCUGGACGCCCGCCACAACCCCUGGACCCGGCCCGACUCGGUGAGGGCCACCAUUGUUGGCCGCCUGGGGACCCUCACCCACCUGGACCAGGUCCCGGUCUCAGAGGAAGAGGUGGCUGCAGCUGCGCAGACCACCGCCAGCUCCAGGAUCACCCAGGCUUCACUGCUGACCCACUCCGGUACGGCCUGUGAGUGUCCCCGCAGCCUGAGCCUGCUGUCCACCGCCCAGCUACUGGUGCAGCUCAGCCCGGCCCCCUGGCCCCCCCACGCCACCCCCGAACCAGGCUGGACCGCCAUGAUCACAGCCCUGUCCCUAGACGGGCUGGGCAUCUCCAGGCUGGCUAACCUGGAUAAGCUGGUCAACCUCCGGUGGGCCUCGUUCAACGACAACGACCUCAGCCAUCUGGAGGGCCUGGAGCACUGCCUGGCCCUGGAGGAACUCUCCCUGAACCACAACGCCAUCUCCAGCCUGGACGGUUUGUCUCCACUGCGUCGUCUGGUCAAACUGAGCCUGAACGGAAACCAGCUACACUGUCUGGACGCCUUCGGCCUGGAGCGCCUGCCCAACCUGCACUUCCUGUCCGUGGAGGACAACCACAUCGCCUCCAUGCACGGGAUCCAGCGGGCUCGCUCGCUCCUAGAGCUGUACAUCGGCAACAACCUCAUCGCCACCACCAGAGACCUCUUCCAUCUGAAGGCCCUGUCUCACCUCAUCAUCCUUGAGCUCCACGGGAACCCCCUAGUGGACAAGCUGGAGAACUACAGGAUGUACGUUGUCUUCCAGCUGCCGGCCCUCAAAGCCCUGGAUGGGGUCGGAGUGGAAGUGACCGAGUCUAAGAACGCCAAGGACGUGUUCAGCGGCCGCCUGUUGCCGGACAUGGUGGCGGAGAAGCUGGGUCACUCCAGGUACUCGGACGUGAGGGUCCUCAGGAUGCAGGCCUGCUCCAUCAGGAUGGUGGAUCUGACCCCAACUGACCUCUUCCUCAACCUGCGCAGCGUGAACCUGGACAACAACAACCUCACCUCGUUCUCCGGCCUGGUCUACCUGCCCAACGUCACGGCUCUGUGUCUGAACCACAACCACAUCGAGUCCAUCCUGCCCCGACAGAAGAGCAAGGGCCACCUGACCAAGAGACAGCUGCUGCACCGCAAGGUGACCUCCAGUGGCUAUGGCCGGCCAGACCCGAACAAGGGAAGCAGGGAGGCGCUGGCGCCUGGAGGCCUGGAGCCGCUGAUGGCCAGCCUGGAGGUGCUGCAUCUCAGCCACAAUGGCAUCUCCAACAUGGCCAAUCUGCAGCUCAGCAGGCUCACCAAUCUCAAAGCACUCUUUCUUCAAGAGAAUGACAUUAGCCAGGUGGAAGGCCUGGAGGGACUGACCCGGCUGAGAGCCCUGGUCCUGGACCGCAACCGCAUCAAGGCCCUGGGGGAGAGCUCCCUGGUGGGUCAGAGCCUCCUGCUGGAGCUGUCCUUGGCGCAGAACCGCCUGCGCGAGCUCAGCCACCUGGAGCCGCUGGUGCAGCUCCGCCAGCUGUUCCUCGCCAUGAACAAGCUACAGGAUAUCUCAGAGUUGCACAAGCUGGAAGUCCUGCCGUCCUUGAUUGAGCUGUCUGUGAAUGGCAACCCGGUGGCCUGGCGGUCUCUCCACAGGCCAACGGUACUCCUGCGUCUCCCGGACCUGCAGGUCCUGGAUGGAGAGCCGGUGACCGUGGAAGAGAGGACCAGGGCGGAGCUCUCUGCAGUCCCAGUGGUAUCACAAAUUUAUAGGCUUUGCUGUGUUAAUAAAACUGAAUUCAUAGAACCCUAG